AUGUCUUCAAUGUUCACACAGGCCCAAGUAGCCGAAUUUAAGGAGGCUUUCCAAAUAAUGGACCACGACAAGGACGGGAUAAUCAGCAAGGAAGACUUGAGAGCCACUUUCGACAUGGUUGGUAAAAUUGCCAGCGAAAAGGAGCUGGAUGAAAUGGUUCAUGAAGCAUCGGGUCCAAUUAAUCUUACGCAACUGCUCGGAUUGUUCGGCAACCGCAUGGCUGAAACGGGUGGUACGGAUGAAGAUGAGGUCGUCGUUGCGGCGUUCAAGUCUUUCGACGAAGAUGGAGUAAUCCCCGGCGAAAAGUUUCGGGUUGCCCUGAUGACUUAUGGCGAUAAAUUUACCGAAAAAGAAGUAAAUGAUGCUUUUGAUGCGAUGGAUAUCGACGAUGAUGGAAACAUAGAUACGGCAGCUCUGAUUACUUUGUUGACCGCCACGACUGAAGAAGAAGGCGAAUCUUGGGCACACAAACAGCUUAUAAAUUUGUUUAUCUAAUAAUUGUCUGAUUUAAAGCCACAGAUUACUAUACGUUAUGACCAAUUUUUGGUGGUUGUUUAUAUUGAUUCAAUCUGGUAAUUGUUUAUAUACUUAUAUUAUGUGAAUAAGCAG